UUUUUUUUUUUACACGACGGCCCACUCAAAACCUAAAACCCUACCCUGAAAGCUCCCACGCUCAAUAUCCAUCAAUAAUCGACAAUAUUUUCUUUCGCCCUAAUUCCAGGUGAGAGAUGGGUGAAGUUAUGUUGGGGAUGCCGGGGCCCUGGGCCGAGGAUUACCUCGAAGCAUCCGAUCAUUACACCACCAAAAUUGGGGGAUUGCCUGAUUGGCCAACCCAAGAUAUGAAUAGUGGGCCUGAUUUUCUGAACUGUGGUUUAUGUGGAGAAAAACUUUGCCUUGUUGCUCAGGUCUAUGCUCCUAUCUCAAUGCCAAAUCUUAAUGUUGAAGAGCGUGUGAUCUAUAUCUUUGGUUGUCAGAUGCCAAAAUGUGGGAGCAAUCCCCGUAGUUGGCGUGCUAUUCGAGUACAGAAAUGUCGUGAUGAGAAGGAAGCCAUUGAUACUAAAGAACCGAGGGCAGUGGAAGAAAUUUCCGCUCCUAUAUCUAAGAGUAUGUCAAACGGAGAAAAUUUACUAGGAUUUGGAGAAGAUUUACUAGGAUUUGGAGAAGAUGAUGAGAGUGAUGAUGAUAUUGAUUUGGAGGAGCUGAGUAGGGCUUUUUCUGAAGCUGGUGCCCAGGCUUCUCUGUCCAAAAUACAAAUAAGGUCUGCACAUCCAAGAGAUGCUAGGAAUUCCCUUUUGUCCAAGCCAAGAUCAGUUGAUGGCACCAGUAAACAAGCAGUGCCUUGCUUUUAUAUCUAUUCUCAGAAGGCACAACCCCGCAGUGAUGUUAGUGUUAUGUCUGCCAGUUGCUCCUCCCUUUCUAUCAAAGAAAGCGAGAGCCCUGCUAAGGAUAAUGAUGAUGAAGAAAGAUGGGAAGGAGAGGACUACGAGUAUGAUAGGGCGUUAAAUGCCGACAGGACUUAUUUGAAGUUCAAGAAACAAUUGGAUUUACAGCCACAGCAAUGCUUUAGGUAUUCAUAUGGCGGUAAGCCUCUUUUGACUACAACCAAUGUGGUUCAACCUGACACCUGUAGGCUCUGUGGUUCAAGACGACAUUAUGAAAUGCAGUUGAUGUCCCCCUUAUUAUAUUUUCUUCACGAAGCUGCGGAUGGUUCAUCAACUGAUAUCCCGGAGGAAUGGAGUUGGAUGACACUCAUCUUAUAUACCUGUUCCACUGUUCAUGCUAUCACUUAUCUAGAGGUAGUCUCUUCGUGCCAAUGGUAUAAGAUGGUCUGGGUUCUGUCUUCUUUCCUCUGAGAUUCAACAUGUUCAAUUGAUCCCUUUACGGGCUUCCAUGAGUAUUUGUUGAGGUUUUGAUGUUAAAUGAUUGCUGAUGAUUUGACCAUCGACGUUGUCUAGGAUUUACUGUUUGAAAGAUGUUUAAGAGAAUUAGUUAAAUUAAAUGUAUGAUAGACUCGAUAAUGGAGUUAACCGGAAGAAGUGAUCAAAAGCUCAUUAAAUAAAAGACGUGGAGACAGCUUUGACUGUCUUCAUUUCUCCCUUAUCGUGUCCUUUCCAUCAAAAAAGUAAAUGUCAAUAUUUCCAUUCUUGAUUUCAGAUGCCUCUUGAGGUGCAGAGAAGACUCUGUUUCAAGCACAAAUAAUUUGAUAUAUCCAUGUGCCAACUUGUGGUUUAAACAAAUUUAACUUGGUCAGGUUGUCAACUUUCUUGAGUUGACAUUACAUCUUAGUCCCCUGAAAUGAGAUGUUGGGGAAAAAGGAAGACUGGGUAUUGCAUGCUGCUCGGGGUAGGCAAUUGGAGAGAUCAUGUAAAGAUUGCUAGAUGGAGAGGAACUUUGGGCUUGCUAAGCAGAACAUCUUUUGCUUAUUAUUAAGAAUUUGGAUACUCCGGGUAUCAUCUUUAUAUUUAAGAAAAUAUUGUGGCAGAGGGCAGCUAUAUUCAGGAAAUACAUCAGAUUGGGGACUUCAUGUUGCUUUGGGAUAAAGAUUUCUGUUUAUACACAAUCACAUGAUAAAUCGCAUGAUAUAGUAGACACUCUAGUACGCUAAUUAUACAUUUAAUACAUUUUUGUAGUUGAAUGGUUGUAACA